GUUGACAGUGGCGGCCAGUCGUUUUAUACCGAUAGAUGACUUGUAACAAUCAGCGGCAGAAAGCGAGUUUAACUUUUAAACGUUGUGACCACGGAUAAACCAUGUCUACAAUAACGUGUCGGGUUCAGUACCUGGAGGACUCAGACCCGUUUGUGUGCUCAAAUUUCCCCGAGCCUCGCAGACCUCCUCAGUUUGACUUCAACGAGCAUCUGCCGCUGAACGAACAGAUCACCGGUGUUCACAAGAUGCUCGAAGCACCUUUAAAGUUAGAGGAGUGUGCACUGCAGCUGGCUUCCAAUGGAAACUACCUGGAUCUGGAAUCAUCACUGGCUGAACAGAGAGAUGAUCUGGAGCAACUCUAUGAUGACGUAGACAAAGGCAAAAAGCCCAUCCUGAUUCUUCGUACCCAGCUCUCCGUAAGGGUCCAUUCCAUCCUAGAGAAGUUGUAUAACUCGCAUGGCCCUGAGCUUCGCCGGUCCUUGUUUUCUUUAAAGCAGCUCUUUCAGGAUGAUAAAGACCUGGUUCCAGAGUUUGUAAACUCCGAAGGUCUGACCUGUUUUAUCAAAGUUGGUGCCGAGGCAGAUCAUAACUAUCAGAACUACAUCCUCAGAGCUCUCAGUCAGAUCAUGCUGUUUGUGGAUGGAAUGAACGGUGUUAUAAACCACAACGAGACUGUACAGUGGCUGUACACAUUGAGUGGCUGCCUGUCUCGGCUUGUUGUGAAGACUUCUUUGAAGUUGCUGAUCGUGUUUGUGGAAUACACUGAAUACAACAGUCCACUGCUUAUUCAAGCUGUCAACAUUGUGGAUGGAAAGAGAGGUGUGAAGCCCUGGACAUGCCUGUUAGAUAUUCUGUCAGGAAAGAAUGGAUCAGACACAGAGCUGCUCAUCUACACCAUAACCCUCAUUAACAAAACUCUGGCUGCGCUUCCCGAUCAGGACUCAUUCUAUGAUGUGACUGACUGUUUGGAAAAGCUAGGAAUGGAAGGCAUUGUCCAGAAACACAUUACUAACAGUGGCAUUGAGGGUGACCUUAAACAGCAGUUCACCAUUUAUGAGAAUGCCCUCAAGAAUGAGGACGGAGAGCUGGAUGAGUUGGCUCCAAACAUUCGUAAAGACCGAAGGAAACUGACACCCAGCGAGCAGGAGGGCAGGAGGAGCCGCAGAUCGUCUUCUCAAAGUCUUUCAGAUGGAAGCCUGUGUUCUUUUCAGCCCAAUUCCCCAACCAUAUCCAUCUCGUCUCAGAGUCCUACCACAGAUGUGACCUGUACUGCCUCCCCUCAGCUAUCAGAUUCCUCUUAUUCUCCUGCUCCCAGCAGUCCAGAGCUGACCAGCCCUUCCUCUGGCUCCUCUACUCCACCUCUACAUCUGGUGCAUAAUGGAACUGAGUCUACUGCCUCAGAGCAAGAACAGAACCUGGGGCACUCUUUUAUGAGGCAUUACAUGUCUCACAUGGGGAUUUCUAGACGGAGGUUAAAAAAGGCCAGGUCUAUAACAGAGGAAACCUCAGUCAUCACCAACAGAGGGUCUCUCACAGAAACAGACUCCCCUCAGCAAAAACCUUCCCAGAUGGCAACAGAGCAGCCCAGCCGACCAGAGGAAAAGAGAGUCUUCAAACAGCACCAGGCAGACAGUGUUUGUUCAGAGAGUGUGAAUAAGGACUUGCCAGUUCUGAGGAAUUAUGCAGACACGUUCUUGCGCAGUCUCGCUGCGUCCCAGUGGGAGAAGAAAAGGAAGUCAUAUGGUGCAAAUGAGAAAAUUUCUCUAAGUGCGAGUGUGGCACCUGCAGAGCCAGAGAAUUGUGCUCCAUCUACUGAAGCUGUACAGCCAGCCUCCAGCUCAACCACUGCAGGAACUAUUAGUGGUCACGACGCCCAGUCUCAAGGGGAAAACUUGACCAGACACACCCUGGAGGAGCCAGGGGAUGCAACGACAGCCCACAAUGAAGCAGAGGGCGGUGUGCAGCAUCAGGGCAGUGCAACAGAACAGCACAGCACUCUCUCUAAUGACAGGAAAUUCAUGUUGGACAUGCUCUACUCAAAAAACAAUACCACAUCUGGAGGUCUAAAGAGUCCAAGUCUGGAAAGUGCUCUGGAGGACCAUGGCAUCACUGAUGUGGCUGGUCGGCUCUCCAGACUGCAGUCCUGCUCUUCUCAGUCCACAGAAGACACAUCCUGGAGGGCUGAGUUGGAAAGCCUUGGUGGUAGUGCUCAGGCAGCUCGUGCCAGACUAGCCGAGGAACAGAAACUCAAAAAGGUCCGUCCACAGUACAGUAUUGAAGCAGACAUGCACUCACAGAGUUUGGAGAAGACAAUGAUGACACCAUUAUCCAGAGGUAGUCAGGAUUCCUGGGAGCAGCUGCAGCCCUGCUCCAGGCCUCUGCGUAUCAAAGAUCUUGAUUUCUCUGAUUUAAUGGAAGAGGAAGAUAUUGAUGUGCUGGAUAUUGACACUUUUGACACUUCCUUGCCUAAUGGAAUACCACCACCCCCUCCCUCAGUGCCAGGGCUGGGCUCUGGCCCUCCACCACCACCUCCCCCCCCUCCUCCUCCUCCUCCUCCUGUGCAAGUUGGACUGGCUUCACCCCCCCCUCCUCCUCCUCUUCCUUCUGGAGGACUGAUUGUGCCCCCUCCUCCAGGACUCCCUGCUACGCCCCCAUCUCAGGGGAUUAAUACAGAGUUUGUCAAGAAACGGAAAACGGUCAAGUUGUUUUGGAAAGAGCUCAAGCAUCCUGACAGCCCCAGGAAGUGCAAGUUUGGGCGGGGCACAAUGUGGGCAUCGCUUGAUAAGGCUGUAGUCGAUACGGCUAAGCUGGAGCACCUGUUUGAGUCCAAAGGAAAGGAACUUCCAGUAGCAAAGAAGUGUACUGAGGCAAAGAAAGCAGCAAUUGUAGUGCUUGAUCCUAAGAGAAGCAAUGCCAUCAACAUUGGCAUGACUGUAUUACCUGCUGUACAUGUCAUCAAGAUGGCCAUCCUAAACUUUGAUGAGUUUGCCAUCAGUAAAGAGGGCAUUGAGAAAAUCCUGACCAUGACUCCGACAGAUGAGGAGAAACAGAAAAUUCAGGAGGCACAGCUGGCAAAUCCUGAUGUACCACUGGGUACAGCAGAGCAGUUCCUGCUCACUCUCUCCUCCAUCAGCGGCCUUACUGCCAGAUUACAGCUCUGGGCCUUUAAACUGAAUUACGACACCCUGGAGAAGGAGAUUGCGGAGCCUCUUUUUGACCUGAAACUGGGCAUGGAACAGCUUGCCAAGAACAAAACCUUCAAGCGUAUCCUAGCAACACUACUAGCCAUUGGAAACUUUCUCAAUAGCACCAGCGCUAAGGGCUUUGAGCUCAGUUAUCUGGAGAAGGUAACUGAGGUGAAGGACACGGUACACAGACAGUCUCUGCUUCAUCAUACCUGCAACUUUGUGGCGGAGAACUACCCAGACACGACAGACCUCUACACUGAGAUCCCUGCCCUCACACGGUCUGCUAAAGUGGAUUUUGAGCAGUUGUCUGAAAAUCUUAUUCAGUUGGAGAGAAAAUGCAAAGCAUCCUGGGACAAUCUUAAAGUCAUGUCCAAACACGAGACUAAAGCUCUCCUGAAGAACAAGAUGACAGAAUUCCUGAAAGACUGUACUGAAAGGAUCAUUAUACUGAAAGUAGUUCACAGACGCAUUAUUAACAGGUUUCAUUCCUUCCUGCUGUACCUGGGUCAACCCUCAUACUCCGUGCGGGACACUAAAGUAACUCAGUUCUGUAAGAUCAUAAGUGAGUUUGCGUUGGAGUACCGCACUACCCGAGAGAGAGUCCUCACCCAGAAACGCAAACGUGCCGCCCACCGAGAGCGCACAAAAACCAGGGGCAUGCUGAUCACAGAGACAGAAAAGUUCUCUGGAGCAGUACCACUGGACAGCCCAUCUCCAGUUUCCUCAACAGUAGAACCAGAACCAGCCCAAGAGGAGCAUGAAAAUAUGAAAAACUUGCUCACUGCCAAUGACAACCCUAGCAUGCUGCGCAGAAGCCGUGCUGUUCGAAGUUUCGGCAGGGUUAGUAAACUGAUGUCUACAGCCAAAGAAGACGGUGCCAGCUCACAGGAUGAUGCCACAGAUGAAAUCAUGGAUCGUCUGGUUAAGUCUGUCACCCAGAAUCCUACAGAGAGGGCGUCUAGCCCAAAAACACGGAAGCGCUCACGGCUUAACAGAAAGUCAUUGCGGAGGACUCUGAAGAGUGGACUGAGUGUUGAUGUGGUGCAAGCCCUUGGCCUUGGCAGUUCUAACGGGAAAGUCUGAUAAACACUCGGAAGGCACAGCUGGGGCCUUAGAGACCCGUGGUAAUGGCAGGAAAACUGUGAUGGCAAAGGGAUAUUAGCUGAAAACAGUUUCUUGAAUGUUUGCAACUAAACUUUUUGUCUACCGAUCUGAACAAUUGAAUGGAUGAAUCAUACAGUUGUUUGUCUUUUGGUUUUAUCAGAAAUACAAAUAGCUGCAUUAAGACUGCAUUAUGAUAUGGAAACAUGAACUGUGUGCAUGAUAUCCAUUAGAUAUCAUGUUUUGAUUGGUGCAAACUUGUUAUUGCAUAGUAUUAAAAAAAACAGGUUUACUGAUGUAGCAUAAGUGCACAUAUGAAAUGUGAUGUAAGAUGUUUAUUUUUUUUGACCAGAUGCAAGUAUAUUAUUUUGUAUAGGGCUUUAUCUCAUAUAUUGGAGCACAAUUUAUCAGUCAAAGAUGUUUUAGGGGUUUGAAGGGAGUAAGCCCAUAAAGGGCAGAUUUUAAGUUAGAGAUGGACCUUUUAUUAUUUGCAUAGACCACUUUGCCAUUUCUGCUACAAUGGCUAAACUCAAGGUUAGGAUCUCUGAAGCUGGAAACUGGUCCUAGAUCAGUGCAAUAGGGUAACUCAAACAAAUGUUUUUUGGGGCACAUUUAUAAAAGCCAAACCCUGGAUUAAACUGCACUGUCAGUAGUGAUUGACUUUUGAGUGUUGCACAAGGUUUAAUGUGUGUCUGAAAAGCUGACCACCUACAGUAUGUGCUCCUGUGUAGCAUUCGAUCUUACAUCUAGACUGCCAAGGAGAUCUUGAUUACAGGGGACAUAAACUAGGAUGCAUGUUUGUUUUUCUUUUAUCACAGGGAUUUAAUGAUAGGUUUGUGGAUGUUACAUAGUGCACAACACAAUGCUGUAUUCUGCUGUAUCAUGUUUUUGACCUGACAUUUGUUAUUGCGGGUGAGAGAUAAUGCUCUCAACCAGGUUUUCAUUUUAAGUCACUUAAAGAAAUAUUCUGGGAUCAAUGCAAGUUAGGCUCAGUAGUAUUGGUGGCAUAAUGUUGAUUAUUAGAAGAAAAAAAAAUAAUUUUGACUUGUCCCUUCCUUUCUUAUUAAAAAAAAGAAGCAAAAAUCUGGGUUACAGUGAGGCACUUACAAUGGAAUUGAAUGGGGGCCAGUUUGGAUUUUAUUAAAAUACUCUUUCAAAAGUAUAACCACAAGACGUAAACAAUAUGCGUAUUAACGUGAUAUUAGUGUGGUAAAAUCGCUUUCUAAACUUUUCUGUGUAAAAUUUCCAAUUUUACAACUUAGUUUCCGACGAUUUAAAUAACUCUAAUAACACUGGUUUUAUCAGAAGAAUUGAUGGAACUUCUUUUCUCAAAUUAUAUGCUCUACAUUUCUUUUAACCCUUCAAAAAUUGGCCACAUUCACUUCCAUUGUAAGUGCCUCACUGUAACCUUGUUGUUUGCGUUUUUUUAACAAAAAGGAGGGGAAAGUUAUUUUUGUUGUAAUCAAGAACAUGCUACAACUGCAGUCGAUUGAGCUUAACUUGUAUCGAACCCCGGAAUAUUCCUUUUUAUUUGACACUUUCAGCUUUUGACUAGUUCACGUUCCACAAAAGCAUUUAUUUUAAAACUGUUAUAAAAUAUAUAAAUGUAGUACUCUACUUCCUGCUCAAGAGAAGCGUUGUCAAAAGCAGAACAUUUUAAAAUGUAAAAUAUUUUCUUUCUUUCUAUUGUUACAACUAGCAACUAAAUGUUUUAAGAAUUUAGUAUUGCUUUUUUUGCACAGGGAGUUCUGUUAGGAAUAGAGUUGCAUGUCACUCUGUUGUUUUACUGUAUAUGUACCCUUAUUACAUUUUUUUUCAUAAGCCGUUUGCAUGAGUGCAUGUGUUUUUCACUCUGAAUGUAUCACUUUUAGUGUGUUCCAGUGAUGUGCACCCCACUCUUGACACCUGAGCUACAAAAACUUUUAAUGUCAAAGGAAACCGUUUGCAAAUACUUUAUGAUAAAUGUUAGAUGAGUACAUUGACAUGUCUUUAUAAUUGGCCUUGAAUCCAAAGA